CCCAAAAGAAGGGCAAUCCGCGCAAAAAAAUGACCAAAGGCGCGUUUCGAAAUCUCAAUCUACUAGUGAAUAAGAAAGCUAUAGUUGAAUGAUGAAUGUUCCUUCCUAAUAUGUGUCUUUACUGUUACUUGAAUUGUUGUUGAAAUGGAUGGAUUAUAUGUUUCACCCACCUCCAUUAUCCUCUUGCUCCCUUCUUCUUUCUUGCUUCAACGACCAUGAUUAAACCUCUCUACCGCAGAUCCACACUUCCUCAUGGACCCUGCUACCUCUCGCCCUGCUCUGGUCAUCGAUAAUGGAACUGGGUACACUAAAUUGGGUUUUGCUGGAAAUGUUGAACCAAGUUUCAUUCUACCGACGGUGGUUGCCGUUAACGAUUCAUUUUUGAACCAGACUCGAGCCACGACUAUGAGCAGCAACUGGCUAAGCCAGCACAGUGCUGGAGUAAUGGCGGAUCUGGAUUUCUUUAUUGGGGAAGAGGCAUUGACUAGAUCUAAAUCUAGUAGUAACUCUUUUAGUCUUAGCUAUCCUAUUAAACAUGGUCAGGUUGAUAAUUGGGAUGCCAUGGAGCGUUACUGGCAGCAGUGUAUAUUCAAUUACCUUCGUUGUGACCCUGAGGAUCACUAUUUUCUAUUGACGGAGAGACCCAUGACUGCCCCAGAAAGUCGAGAAUAUACCGGUGAGAUUAUGUUUGAAACUUUCAAUAUACCGGGGCUUUAUAUUGCUGUGCAACCGGUGCUUGCUUUGGCAGCUGGGUACACAACAUCUAAGUGUGAGAUGACUGGUGUUGUAGUGGAUGUUGGAGAUGGUGCUACUCAUGUUGUACCUGUUGCUGACGGUUAUGUGAUCGGGAGCAGCAUUAAGUCAAUCCCUAUUUCUGGAAGAGAUGUUACACUCUUCAUUCAACAGCUCAUGAGGGAAAGGGGGGAGCAUGUUCCACCUGAGGAUUCCUUUGAAGUAGCUCGGAAAGUGAAGGAAAUGUAUUGUUACACCUGUUCAGACAUUGUCAAGGAGUUCAAUAAGCAUGAAAAAGAGCCAGGGAAGUACAUAAAACAUUGGAGAGGUACAAAACCAAAGACAGGAGCGCCUUAUUCAUGUGAUGUUGGCUAUGAACGAUUUCUUGGUCCCGAGGUUUUCUUCAAUCCUGAAAUAUAUAACAGUGAUUUUACAACUCCUUUACCUGAGGUGAUAGACAAAUGUAUUCAGUCUGCACCUAUAGACACGAGAAGAGCUUUAUAUAAGAAUAUUGUUUUAUCUGGAGGAUCCACCAUGUUCAAAGACUUCCAUAGAAGAUUGCAACGAGAUAUCAAGAAGGUUGUGGAUGCUCGCGUUCUUGCAUCAGAUGCUCGUUCAGGUGGAAAUGUAAAAGCACAACCAGUUGAAGUGAAUGUGGUCAGCCAUCCUAUUCAGAGAUAUGCAGUUUGGUUUGGAGGAUCUGUACUUGCUUCUACUCCUGAAUUUUUUGCAGCUUGCCAUACAAAGGCUGAAUACGAGGAAUAUGGAGCUAGCAUAUGUCGAACAAAUCCUGUAUUUAAGGGAAUGUAUUGAUACUGAAAUUAUUCAAACUACAAGGCGGUGAAGGCAUUUCUCAUUGUCGUGUUCUCCUCCCAAAACCCUGACACUUGCCCUACGGCUCAGCUUUGGUUUGAAAUCCUACAUCCGUGAGCGACUGUGUAUGUUAGUUAAUAGGUUAUUGGAGGCAGUGUAUUCUAGAUUUCAAUCAUUGAACUGUGAGAAAACAAGAUUUUUGUAUUCUUUCCAUUGGGAGCACACCUGUCCUGGGCCUGCAGGAUAUGGUUGCGUGUUCCUUGGCAGGGUCCGUUGGCACUUCAAUGGCAGAUAAGUUUCACAGACCAAUUGAACAUUACCUGAGCUGAAUGUCAUUUUCUGAGUGUUCGGUUGUGUCUGAGUGUCACAAGUGUACUUAGUUUAGAAGGCAAGAUAGUAAGCUAUCAUACGAUUUGGUAUAGUCCUUUUAGCUUGUUGGGGUUUGAUUAAAGGAUGUAGGAUCGUUUAUAUUCUUUUUUUUUUUUGGUUUUAAUUGAAAUUCUGAAUGUUAUAGCUACACUUGUACAUUUCAUUGUCACUGUUGGUGGACCCUCUUUAUUCUUUUCCGGGAAUAAUGUAAUCCUACAUUAGAGUUUGUCCGGCUUAA